CUCUGACCUGAUAUUACUCCUCUCCAACACACAUCUUUUCUUUUCCUCUUGAGGUAGUCCCUCAAUUAAGUAAAAUUCAGUAUCUUCUCCCCUCUCUUGCUUCUUCGUCAGCUGCUUAUCAUUAUCACCUUCUCCCCUUUCACUCGUGAAUCCUCUUCCCCCACGCGGUAUGAGCCCAUUUGUUUCAUGGGUGGAUCCCUCCACAUCACAUAUAUGUCCACUUGCAUCCAAGGAUCAUAAGGUUUCUCCCAAAUCCAUGGCACUAAGCGGGUGUCAGAUGAUCAAAAGGGGUCAGUGUGUCCUAGGCAUUGAAUCAUUGAUCCAGACCCGGUUCAAACCCAUUCCAGACCCGAUCAUGUUCAAUCUGGUAUUCGUCUAUUCGAGCCGGUCAGUCCAGGUCCAUGAAAGGUGAAGCCCUAACUCGACGUAUUUCAUUUUCUAGGCUCAAAAAAAUUGAUCGGUUCUGGACCGAACCGGGAUUGGAACCGCCAGAUUCAGUCCCAAGGACCGGUAACCACUUGUACCAGAUCGAGUAUCUGAUCCGGUCCCGCACAAUAGCGGGUCCGGUUCUGAAUCGAUCCGGGACCACUAACCGAGUCCACCCCUAGUAUGUCCUAGUACCCCACACAUGAAGCAAAAAUUGAGAAAUCUUUCAUACUUGAAAUCUAUAAAACAACCAUUCUUAAUGUUUAUGGAAUCGCGAAUGUCCUAGUAUGAAAGUAUAUGCAAGUAUGAUAUAUUCCAACUAAAAACGUGUGAUAUAUUUUGAAGAUGAAGAAAAAUGAAGUUAUCAAAGUCCGAAUUAAGACAAGAUAGACAACUAAAUCAUCAUCUCCAUGGAACUUAAUUCGAAAAACUAUGACAACGAGCAACACCAAUUUUUUUGAUGAAGGAAAAAGAAGAUAAUUGAAGAAGAAAAGACCGGGAUUUUGAAGAUGAAGACAAAAAAUUAUUGUUAUUUUUUAAUAUUUUAAAGAAUGAAAAGAAGGAUAAUUAACGAAGAAAAAGAAAAAUUAAAGAAAUCGAGAAAAAAGAUAACAAAAGGAAAUAGAUGACCCGAGAUUCCAAGAUCUAUUAGCUAUAGUUUUGUAAUUAGAGAAUAAUGUCAUAUUGAGACUAGUAUACUAUGCACAUGGUAUAACAGCACAUGGUAUAACAAUGUCACUCUAAUUUGCAUAAGUUGAUUUGCAUCAAAUGACAAGACAUUGAACUAAAUUUAUUAAGAGCUAUAACACCGCACAACUACAAGUGUUUAAACAUACGGAGUAUGUUUUUUAUUUUAUUUCAAGUAAUUGUAAUUAUAACAUGGUUAUUAUAAAAAAAAUAACAAAAAAUAGGACAAACCUAAUCAUAUAUUCAUAUCCUUGUGUCCUUUUAUUAAAUAUUGAUUUAUAAUUAACUCACAUAAUCAAGUCAAUUAAAACAGCUAACACAACAAGUUAAAUUAAUCACCUAAGAUCUACUAGUUGGUUUGCAAACAAGGCCAUUUACCCAACCACCAUUAUAAGGAGAUUUUUUCUGUAUUAAUGUUAAUUAAUUAAUUAAUUCAUUACGAAAAUAGGGUUGGGUUAAAAGUAUUUACCAAAAUACUGUUGGGUUAACCAUGGUCGGGGUAAGUCGCUUACCCCUUAAGUAAAAACGGGGCCGGUCCUGCAAGACAGAACACUCCCCCAGUCCCCCCCCCCCAAAUUGAAAGCAACAGCAGCGAGCGACGAACCCCCCACCGCGAGCGACGACGACGAAUCAACACUCCGGCGAGGUCUCCUCCAUCUUCCCAAGAAUCCUUCAUCUCCAUCCUCUUCAACACUCUUUCUUCUUUCUUCUAGAUGGAAGGUGGUAGAUAUUCGGUUGAUUUGGGUAACCUCCAAAGCAAUCGAAGAAACGAGAUUGGGAGGAAGAAAUCCCGCAAAGGUAAAGAACUUGCCGGGUCUUCAUCUCAAAGCCGAGAUGAUUUUGAAACGGGUUACCAAAGGCGAGAUGGAGAUGUGAUGUCCGAAGAACAACUCCAACAAGAAUUGGCCCGACAUAAUAACCGCUUUCUACAACAACAACAAAUGCCGACGACCAUUGACGAAGAGGAGCUUGAGGAUGAAGAUGCGGAGGAAUUUGAACCGGAGACGGCCGAGGAGGAGGGUGCCGGCAGCCACGACGCCGACGCGCCUGCCUCAUCCCAAACAACCACCGGUAAUAAAAAAAGUAAGUCUGAACUAAUGAAAAAUAAUUUUGAUAAAUGGAAGGACCCACAAACCGGCUAUUGGCACGCAACUUGCAAGUGGUGCAACAACAAUUAUAGUAUGGGAACCUCCGGCGGAUACGGAUCCGCCGCAAGGCAUCUUAAGGCAAAGCACCCCGUGGAGUAUGCAAAAUUAGGCGGCGGAACGGGGAAGCAAACUCAAAUAUCGAGGUUUGCGAAUUCUCAACCUUUUGGUAAUUUCUCCUACAAUGAUGCACAAAAUUUGAUUGGUAUGGCUAACUUAAUUUGUGAAGAAAAUUUGCCUUAUUUGUUUUCUGAAAGUCUUGCUUUAAGAGAUUAUGCACAAGGUAGUUUAAAUCCUCAAUUUAGAAAUUAUAGUCGCAAAACUGUUAAGAAAGAAAUAAUAAAGCUUUAUAAUGCGGAAAAGGUAAGGUUACAAAAUUUUUUUGCAAACUUUGAUGGGCGUGUUACUAUUUGUUCUGAGAUAUGGGAGGAUGAUUUUCAUCAUUUAUAUUAUUUGGGUCUGACUGCACAUUAUAUUGAUGAGGAUUGGAAUAUGCAUAAACGUGUUCUUGCUUUUCGUGAAUUUAAUGAUCGUCACAUCGCAGAACAUAUUUAUAUUUUGAUUGAGCGUAUUUUAAUUGAGUAUAAUUUGAUUGAUAAGGUGUUUGCUAUUGGUUUCGAUAAUGCUACUAAUAAUACUGCUGCUAUACCUAGAUUGCGUGAGUUGUGUGGUGCCAAUUCUUUGAUGGGUAGAUUUUUUCAUCAACGGUGUGCAUGUCAUGUUAUAAAUUUAUGUGUGCAAGACGGUUUAAAAACGUUAGGAGAUUCCAUGGAGGUAAUAAGGGGGGGGGGGGGGGGGGGGUUAGACGUAUUUGGGGUAAUGGUCAACUUAGAAUAAAAUGGCAAAGUUAUUUGACUGAAAGAGGUGUGAGAUAUGUUGCUUUUCCUAAAGAUUUGAGUAUUCGUUGGAAUAGUACUUAUAAAUUACUUAAAGUUGUUCUUAGAUAUAAAGAACAUUUUCCUGCUUUUUUUAAAAGAACAUGAUAACUAUAUUAUAAACGCGGCUGAGAUCGACACUUGCGAAAAAAUUUGUAAUGUUUUGAUAUAUUUUUUUAAUGCUACUGAAACUUUUAGUCAUGUUUAUAAACCUACCGCAAACCAAUUUAUUCCACAAGCUGUUAAUCUCGCCGAUGCUUUUAAAGAAUUUCAAAAUGUCGUUUUCGUUCAUCAUUUUUGUGAUCAUAUGAAGGAAAAGUUUUUAAAAUAUUAUGCGCAUAUUACUCAUAUUUAUGGUAUUGCAUUUAUUCUUGAUCCUCGUUAUAGACCUGCUAAUUUGGAAGAUUGUUUCAACAUCUAUUAUCUUGCGUUUUUCGGUGAAUUUCCAAUGUAUGACGAUAACCCCAUAGAUCCGAAAACGGAAUACAACGAGGUUAGUACUUUAUUUUAUGCCUUAUUUAAUGAAUUUCGUGCACAAUAUAGCAACGCUCCCCCUCCCCCGUCACGAACAUCUUCAUCUAAAGGAAAAUCGAUUUUUAAAUCUGCAUUUGGCAAUCUUAUGAAAAAAACUAAAACAACUCACGUCACUGAACAAAGCGCAUUGAAUGAGAUUACUUUGUAUUUAACAUAUGAAGUUGAUUUUGAAGAAAAUGAUGGCUUUGACGUUCUAGACUGGUGGAAGUCAAAAGAAAGAACGUUCCCGAUUUUAGCACGGAUGGCUAAGCAAGUACUAUCAAUGCCGGUUUCAACAGUUGCUGUGGAACAAGAAUUUAGUUCGGCCGGCAACGUCCUAACGGCAUCUAGAUCGAGAUUGAGCGCGGAGUCUCUUGAGACGCUUAUAUGCUACCACGAUUGGUUGAAGGCCGCACGUAGAACUCAAGAAUUGAGCAUCACCCCCUCCCAAGAUUUUAUGGAUGACUCAACAACCGAUGGUGGUUCUACCUAUGCCGGAAAUUCCGAUUGAUUAGUAUUUUAGAAUUUAUUACAAAAUGUAUUUUAUAGCACUUGUCAAAUUUAUUUAUACUUGUACUUCAUAUUUCAAAAUUGUAAACUUGUACUUCAUAUUUCAAAAUUGUAAAUUUGUAGUUGUAGUUCAAAUUAA